GUAGUUUUUAAGGGAUUUUUUUUCAUAAAUAUUGUUAAGGAAUUUUGGAGGAUUUUUUAAAAAAGAAGAGUAGUUUUUGAGUCUAGAAUGAAGACUAAAUCACCGGAAUUUAUGUCACAGUGUAGAGUAUUAAAUUUUCCAUGGAUGAAUAAGAGAAUGAGACGUUCUAAGUCUGAAUAUAAAACAGUAUCAGGACAAGCAGAAUAUUCGCAAGUUCUUAUGUUUCAACCACCUUCAGUUGAAGUUGAAUCAGGAGUAAACAAAUCACCGUUUCCUGUAAUCCAAAUGAUGGAUGGGAAGGAGCCUUUCAUUUGGGAAGAUGGACAAACUAAGUUUUCAGAUAUUCCUAAAGAAAUGACUCAAACGAAAUCUUCGUGUUCACGAACAUCAGUGAAAUCAGUUUCAAAAAAUCGUAUUCCUCGGCCUAAAAAUGCAUUUAUUCUUUAUAGAUCUCAUGUGAGUCAAUUAUUGAAGGAAACUAUGACAUUUAAAGUACGUGAAUCGAAUAUAUCAAGUUUAGUUAGUGAGAUGUGGAAAAAAGAAUCAGAUGUGGUACAUGCUUAUUAUGCAAGACGAGCGGCUCUUGAAUGGGUUAAAUAUAUGAAAAGAGUUCAGCAACAGCGUUGCUCUCUGAAUACAGACGAAUCGGAAAUAAGAUCACCAACUCCGCCCGUUCCAUUACGGAAUGAGCCUUCUUUUUCGCCAGAACCUUGUCCAAAUAUUGUUUCAUAUACUCAACCGUCGUUUUCAAGUCCUACUCAAACGUCUGUCCAGGAAAAUUCGGUUGUUACAUCUUAUGAUGAUCCAUUUAUUGGUACUAUGUUAUAUAAUUCAUCACCAGAUACUUCAAAUCUAGGAUUUGUAAAUACUGAUCCAUCAGUACGUUUGUCAUCAUCGCCUCAAUCUUCUAAUGGAGAUAUUCUUGAUCCUACAUAUAAAGAUAAUAUACCAACUGGAAAUUCUGGUUAUUUAUUUCUCGACAAAUCAUGUGUACCACUUUCUUUUAAGGAUUUUCUAUUCUCUUAUAAUAUGAAUCAAUUAGAUACAAAUUGUGCUUAUACAUUUAACUCUUCAACUCCUGUUUUUCCUACUAAUACAUAUCCUUGUAUGAUUGAUACUGGUUUGGGUAUGGAUACUAAUAUUCGAUGGCCUGGACUUAUGCAAACUUCUACUCCAUGGCCUGUUAAUAUAGUUUAA